AUACUCCCAAGGUUCCAAAUUCUGGUGGUAGGAAAGUCUGGUGUCGGCAAGUCAUCGCUGAUCAGCCAUGCAUUUGGAGUGGAAAAAGAGAUCGUUGCGCACAAUAAGCCAGGCGAGGCCCACAUUGACAAGGAGCUCAUCUCAUCUCAGAACAAAAGGUUUGUUCUCCAUGAUAGCAAAGGCUUUGAACCAGGAGAUGAAGACAACCUCGAAAUAGUCUGA